UCGUUUUAAGAACGUUUUGCUAGCAAAAUGGGAAAGCCAAGGAGCAAAAAGGAUCGCCAUAAGGCCAGGAAGGAGAAACAACGUUGGCACAAGCGCGGUCUGGCCUCCACAAAGGCCUUUAACAUCCUGCUCAAGCUAUCCGACGAGGAUCCCCAAAGGGAAGCGGAUCCUGGCCCCUCAUCCUCGGUUGAAACACAAGAAACAGCGGUGUCCAGUUCAACUCCCGAUAUGCCGAAUGCAGCGGCUCAGCCAAAGGGUUUCAGGAAGUUCAGAGAUCCCCAGCCCAAGAACUCUCCCAAAAGACUGAAGCGAAAGGCGAUUCAAAAGAAGAAACUUGAUCGCGAGUUGGUAACCAAACUACUCAGCUCUAUCAAAAAGAAGUACAAGGUCCAGAAUAACCAUCAAAUCAAGCGCAGGCUAGACUUUCGCAAUAAAGAAUCGCCGAUUAAAAAUGUUGUGCUGCCCAAACCAAAGUUCUACAGACCGCAGAAGGCUGCUGUAAUUUCUGCGGAAAACCAAAAUGACACCAUUGAAGACGGAGAAAUUGUCGAGGAGCUGGUGAGCAGCGACGACGACGACUGCGUGCUACUGGAAACCCCCAAUGUCUCCAUAAACAUUGAAGAUGAUGAGGAAGAUGAUCAGCCCAGCACAAGUGGGAAACUCCUUAAGGAUAUAGUUGAAGAUUCCAAUGGCGAGGUUGCUUUGCGGGUAAAACCGAAGACGGAAAAUCCAGUGUUGUACUCUACAAUACUCAAAACGGAACCACCGCCACCCAUCAUCAACUUGGAUGAAGUACCUGAAGCAGAGCCAACUGCAGCGGUAGACAACAACGAUUCAGUAAUAUUCAUUGAAGACACUAUUGGCGGAGAAGAUUUCAUCCCCAUCCCAUCGUAUUCGCCGCCUUUAAGGAAGGGAAAGAAGAAAAGGAGAAGUGAAAGGCUAAAGGCGGAAUCGCCCAAAAAGAAGACCGCGCGGAUGAAUGACAGCCUUUUCACCACUGCCGAAAAGAAGAAGCUUGGCGAUUACAAUAGCAACACAUUUAAUCCCUCGGAGGAGGCGGGAGAGACUGCUGAUAAGCCAAAAACGAAUAAGCGAUCUGUUAUCAUCGAUGGCAGCAAUGUGGCCUUUGCCCAUGGAAACUCGAACAUCUUCUCCUCAGAGGGAAUAAAGUAUUGCUUGCAGUACUUUGAAAAGAUAGGCCACGAAGUGAAGGCUGUGAUUCCGAUGUUCCGGAAGAACACCCACAAGUCCUCGAAUCCCGAGCUCCUUGACAAGCUGCACAAGGAGGGCAAGAUAGUGUUUACGCCGUGCAAAAACAUUCCCGGCCAAAUGUCAUCCAGUUACGAUGAUCGCUUCAUAUUGCAGCUGGCAUACGAAAAGAACGCUGCCGUCGUUUCCAACGACAACUACAGAGACCUCAUUGACGAGAAUCCGGCCUUCAAAAAGAUCGUGGAGAAUCGCGUCCUUGGCUACUCGUGGUGCGACAACAUAUUCAUUCUCCCCAAAGAUCCCUACGGUCGCUGGGGACCCACACUCGAUGAAAUUUUAAGAUGCUAGGACAGUUGGUUGAUUUGUUAGCAAUCCUUAUCUUAUCUAUGUGAAAUUUGUUUAGUUUCGUGUUGAUAUUCGCGGUCCAUUCAACUUUAUUUUCCUAUAUAUUUUUCAAGUAGCGUUUAGUUUGUCAAAAAUUAUUUACUCACUUUGCAUUGAAUAAUUUUCAGUUAGAAAAAAUUCUUUUCUAAUGCAUCACCGAGUAUUCUUCUGAUAUUAUAAUUCAAAUAGCAUUUAGUUGGUUAGAACUCAUAAAUUAUUAAUCUGCAUUUAAUCACCUCGUUUCCAUUUAAUAGUUUUCAGCCAAAAAAGUUUAUUUUCUUUUAACUCUGUAAAUAUGUGGCGUGUUUUUGUGCGAAUCCACCCGAAAUUAAGCAAUUCUCGAGGAGCAAAGUUUAUAUACAUUAGCAAAACUGUACAGGUGUCUCGUAUGGUGUAUAAAUAAGAAUAAAUGUGUAAGAUUCCUCCGAA